GCCUGCCGGGGCCUCGGCCUCCAGUCACGGCGCGCGCCCGACAUGCCGGAGGAGGCGGGCUUCCCGCCGGCCAAGAGGUUCCGGCCGGGCUGCGGGCCUCCCGGGGGGCGCGUGGUGAUGCUGCUGACCGCGGGCGGCGGCGGCGGCCGGAGGCAGCAGCAGCCGGUCCUGGCCCAGCCCGCGGCCAGCCCCUACCCCGAGGCGGUGGAGCGGCAGCGCCGGAGCCUGCCGAUCUUCCAGGCGCGGGGGCAGCUGCUGGCCCAGCUCCGAAACCUGGACAGCGCCGUCCUCAUCGGGGAGACAGGCUCUGGGAAGACGACUCAGCUCCCGCAGUACCUCUACGAGGGGGGCGUGGGCCGCCAGGGCGUCAUCGCGGUGACCCAGCCUCGCCGGGUGGCCGCCAUCUCUCUUGCGUCUCGAGUCUCGGACGAGAAGAGAACUGAACUCGGGAAGCUGGUUGGCUAUUCCGUGCGCUUUGACGACAUCAGCUCCGAGGACACCAGGAUCAAGUUCCUGACGGACGGCAUGCUUCUGCGAGAAGCGAUUUCAGACUCCUUGCUCCGGAAGUACAGCUGUGUCAUUUUGGACGAAGCCCACGAACGGACCGUCCACACGGACGUGCUCUUCGGGGUCGUGAAGGCCGCGCAGAAGCGGAGGAAGGAGCUGGGGAGACUGCCUCUCAAAGUGAUCGUGAUGUCCGCCACGAUGGACGUGGAUCUGUUCUCGCAGUAUUUCGGCGGGGCACCCGUCCUCUACCUGGAGGGUCGGCAGCAUCCCAUCCAGGUGUUUUACACCAAACAGCCCCAGCAGGACUACCUGCACGCCGCUCUCGUCUCCGUCUUCCAGAUCCACCAGGAGGCCCCCCCCUCUCAGGACAUCCUGGUGUUCCUCACCGGCCAGGAGGAGAUCGAAGCCACGAGCAAGAUCUGCCGAGACAUCGCCAGGCACCUCCCGGACGGCUGCCCCUCCCUGCUGGUCCUGCCUCUGUACGCCUCCCUGCCCUACGCCCAGCAGCUCCGCGUCUUCCAGGGAGCCCCGAAGGGCUGUCGCAAAGUGAUCAUUUCCACCAACAUUGCCGAAACCUCCAUAACCAUUCCGGGAAUAAAAUACGUAGUCGACACGGGCAUGGUUAAAGCAAAGAGGUAUAAUCCCGACGGCGGCCUGGAGGUGCUGGCCGUGCAGCGCGUGUCAAAGACCCAGGCCUGGCAGCGCACGGGCCGGGCCGGCAGGGAGGACAGUGGCGUCUGUUACCGGCUGUACACGGAGGACGAGUUCGAGAAGUUUGACAAGAUGACCGUGCCAGAGAUCCAGAGGUGUGACCUGGCCGGCGUGAUGCUGCAGCUCUUGGCAAUGAAAGUCCCCGACGUGCUCACCUUCGACUUCAUGUCCAAGCCCUCUCCAGACCACAUUCAGGCGGCCGUGGCACAGCUGGAGCUGCUGGGAGCCCUGGAGCGGAAGGACGAGCAGCUCACCCUGACUCCGCUCGGAAGGAAGAUGGCAGCUUUCCCUUUAGAGCCCAGGUUCGCCAAAGCCAUCCUCCUGUCCCCCAAGUUCCACUGCACGGAGGAGAUGCUGACCAUCGUGUCCCUGCUGUCCGUGGACAGCGUCCUGUGCAACCCUCCCUCCCGGCGGGAUGAGGUGCAGGCCGUCCGCAGGAAGUUCGCGUCCAGCGAGGGCGACCACGUCACCUUGCUCAACGUCUACCGGGCCUUCAGAAGCGCCGGCGGGAACAAGGAUUGGUGCAAAGAAAAUUUUGUCAACAGCAAGAACGUGAUGCUGGCAGGCGAAGUCCGAGCACAGCUGAGGGACAUCUGCCUGAAGAUUACUUCUUGUUACAAGUCGAUACAGCGCGGAAAACAGUGGCACAGACGGGCUGAAACAACUUCUCCCACAUCCUGCCCUUCCAAAGACAGACCAGGGUUAGCAGUCUGGCGUAGAUCCUUCCAGUCUUUUCCUGCACACAUGUCGAUGCCCAUGGUGUCCUCCCACGGGGACGUGGAGAGCAUCCGCCGCUGCCUGGCCCACAGUCUGUUCAUGAGCACCGCCGAGCUGCAGCCCGACGGCACCUACGCGACCACGGACACGCACCAGCCGGUGGCCGUCCACCCCUCGUCCGUCCUCUUCCACUGCCGGCCGGCCUGCGUCGUGUACACGGAGCUGCUCUACACCAACAGGUGCUACAUGCGGGGCCUGUGCGUGGUGGACGCGGACUGGCUGUACGAGGCCGCCCCCGACUACUUCCGGAGGAAGCUGAGGGCCGCCCGAGACUGAGCCGCGGCGCCCGCGGGCCCGCGACCCACCGGGACCGGGGGGAGGGGGGCGGGGGGCCCGGGGCGGCCGGCCCCACCGCCAGGAGCUCGAAGCGUGUUUGUCCCAAGCGCUGACACGGAACCGCGGGCGCGCGGUGGGAACCUCGGCCCCGCGUUCGGUGGCUGCUCUGUGGCUCUGGGUGACCGCGAGCCUCAUUCCUCAUCCGCCACGUGGGGUGAUCAGAGCGGUGCUGACAGGCUCGGGUUUGGGGAGCGUGGAAGGGGAGUGCCCAGGUCCCCACCUGGCCCGCGAUGAGCCGUCACGCCCCGCGGACCGCUUUCUCCUGACGGACUUGAGUCCAGAGUCCCCGGGGUCCUGGUGACUGAGAGGACUUUCUGGAAGGGACCCCAGCUGUCCUGUCGUCUGUCUGUAACUCCCGUAGAAGCUGGAGGAGGGAAAUGCCAGUUGGGCCAGUCUUCUCUCCUGGGCUCGCCUCCCCUCAUGAGCCUCAUCCCCGGGGGUGAGGGGGGACUUGCAGGGUCUCCACAGUCUCCCCCCUGCCCCGUGUCGUGAGAAGGGAAAAGACGCCAAAGGUUGCCCUUGGCCGUUUCAUUAUGGGAAGCAAGUAAUCUUUCCCCAGAUGGUGUUUUGCCCUAAGGAGGCCGAGUUAGCCUUUCUGUCGUGCUUCAUUCUCAACCGGGAUGCGUGGGGUUUCAGUCGUUCCUCGCACAGCGGGCCGUGCGGUUUCUAGGCAGGGGCCACACCGCCCGAGAGACGCUUCAGGGGCUGUGGUGAGUCUGCUCUGGGCCUAGGGGCCCUUCUCCCAGACCGUCCUGCUGGCGCCCUCCGGCCUCACCCGUCCGUCCUUCCGGCGCCGGCCGAGCCCGAGCGCCCGCGUGUUGGGUCAGCGUGAGGGCCGUCGGGCACCUGGACGGACUUCCGUUAGAAAUAGCGACGUGCGGGCCAGAUAGGGUCCCACAGAUCCGAGAUGCCCCAUUUUACUGAAUUCUUAGACUUCUAGUCGGCCUUCCCCUGACCGACUUGUUCUUUACGGUUACUGACUUUCUGACGAGUUUUUCAGAAAAAAUUUUAAGUGUAUUUUUCUCACUUCUUAAUAGAGGCCUGGGAUGUUCAGCCUGACUUGGUAAAAUAAAAAAAUUGUAUUUUUAAUAAAACAUGAAUCAUGUUGGUAAAAAAAAAA